UUUCCAAUGGCAAAUAAAGACGAUUUAUUUUGGGAUGCAAUAGGAAAUAAAAAAGUUGGCGAUAAAAAGAAGUUUCGAUUUAAAUUUCGGAUACGAAAAGGUAGCAAAGGAGUAGACCCAAAACCGUUGGCUGAACUCUAUGGAGUGGAUCCAAAACAAAUUGAAGCCGUAUACAGUGCAUUUUUGAAGAUUGACGAAGAUAAAAGCGGUAGUAUAUCAGCGCCAGAAAUCGCUCAAGGUUUAGCCUCAUUAGGGCUUGAAGUAUCACCAAAAGUCGUUCAGGCAGUAAUGCGAAUCUCUGAUCGUAAUGGUGAUGGCGAAAUUAAUUUUGAGGAGUUUUUAGCUGUUGUUAUAUCAAAAACUAAGGUAUGUCAGCAAACACUUUUUAUUUUGCUCACAGCCGACAAGCUUCAACAAGCCUGGUCUAAAGGCACGAAUACAACGAUAACCUCACAUGAAUCUGAAGCCCUGUUAGCCUUAGCGGAUAUUGCCAACGAAAAAGUGGUGACGUUUGAACAGUUUUCGGCUAUGUGGGAACAUGUAUAA